UGUAUAUGUAUUCUUUUUUCUAGGGACCAACAGUUUCAAAACAAGUUUUGCAAGUGCUUUCGAACUAUUUGCGGUUUUUUUCUUCCCUGAAUUUCAAUCAGUGAUUGAAACUUCUAUGUUGGGAAAACAAACGGAUUAUUUUCGUACCGUUUUCUGGGAUUCAAUGAACAGUCGUGAAAAAAGUGGCUCGAAACGAGGAGACGUUAUAGACAAUUUAUUAGAAAUAAAAAAUGAAGAGCAAAAGUCGGACUUCAAAUUUGAAGGAGACGCAUUGGUAUCACAAUCAGCCAUGUUUUCUGUGGCCGGAUUAGAAACAAGCGCAACGACAACAGCUUUUACACUUUUGGAAUUAGCGAGAAACAUCGAGAUACAGGAACGAGUUCGUGAGGAAAUAAAAGAGAAAAUAAAAGAAAAUGGUUUAACGUACGAAUCUGUGCAGGAAAUGAAAUAUUUGCACCAAACAAUUGCAGAAACACUGAGGCUGGUACCACCGGCUCCCAUACUGGAUAGAGUCGCUCUUGUUGAUUAUAAGAUACCUGGAACUGAUAUUGUAAUCAAAAAGGGAACUGUGAUAUACACGCCUCUGUGUGGCCUACAUGAAGAUCCCAAAUAUUUUCCCAAUCCUCAGUCUUAUGAUCCUGACAGAUUUAGUGACGAGCGAAAGAAAGAUAUUGUACCGUGCACCUACAUGCCCUUUGGAGAUGGACCAAGAAUUUGCAUCGGACAGAGAUUGGCAUUGCUGCAAGUCGCUGUGGGUCUGAUUACGAUACUAAAGGAUUUUGAAAUCUCCCUGAAUCCUAUAUACAAGAACGAAGUAGACCCUCGUGCUAUAUUUGUUAAUCCUCGCUCUUAA